AGACAGCAGGGGAGGGGAUGACACUGAUAGACAGUGACAGUAAAAAUCCAUAUUAUGUAUUAUAAUACAUUUUUAUAUUUUUAAUUGUCUGUUUUAAUUUAGAUUAACAUUAUAGAUCAAAAUGCAUAUUAAAUCAUAAAGCAAUAUUUCACUGCAUCUAUAAUGAUUAUAAACUCUGAACUUCUAAUGCCGAAAUAUAGAAUACCUUUUGUUGGUCUAUAAGUAUUAAUGUUAUUUAAAAUAGUCUUGUUUAUAUUGAAUUUCCUUUAUACUGGGAACUGGGUUGAAUAAAAUGGAAGGUAGCAAUGAUUCUCUUUCAGUGCUGAGUUCGGCACUGGGCAGCUCCCCCGGUGUCCUGCUCACUCCUGGCCGGACGAGGAAUAUCGCACAAGACAUGGAAGCUCUUAGGCUUUCCAGACAAGAUAACCCUUACUUGCAGCAUGUGAUGGCAAGCAGAGAAAGUCUGAUCGACAGCCAUGCAGAAGAUUGUGGAUCUGAUGACACAAUUUUAAUGUCACAGGAAUUUGGCAGCACAGCUUUGGACUUUGUUGAGGAAGAUCCAUUGACAUUAAAAGAAGUCCAUGAGCAUAUGAUCAGGUCUCCGCCGCCCACAAGCUGCUGGCCACAUGGGGCGGAGUCGAAGGCAGCGGUGACCAACGUGUGCAUGUCGGCGCACCCGGCCGACACCGCCAACACCGCCAACACCGCCAACACCGCCUGCAACUUUUACACUAAUUUAUAUGAUUCCUAG